AUGUCGGAGCCAUGCGAGCAGUCCUGCCUGCCACCUCCUUCCUGUGUGGGGACUGCUGUGCCCACUGACCUCUGCACAUCAUGCAGUAUCGCUGCACACCCUGAUACCUGCUCUGAGCAGAAUGCAUGUCCCUGUCCCGAGCAGACUCUUGGGGUGGACCUGUGCCAAGCUGUGCCCUCCUGCCCUGAUGUCUGUAGCCCUACCUGCCCGCCUCCCACUGUCCCUGCACCUGAGGACAUCUGCGACCCCUGCACAUCCCAAUGUGUCACCACCUGUGUGUGCCCAGCAGGGGACCCCUGUGACCUGCAGCAAUGCCAGGCAGAGACCGGCAUCUUGCUACAGUCCUCCACCUCUCCAGCAGCCGCCUGUGCCCCUGAGAAAGUGGGGACGUGCGUGGAAACUUUCCCCCACCAGCAUGCUGUGUCACCCUGCAGUCCUGAGACAGAUGAGAUCUGUGUGGAAACCAUCCCUGCGCAGCACCCAGUCUCAUCAAUGAAGAUUUGCACCCCUGAGGCAGCAGGGACGGGUGUGGAGACCUGUCCAAGCCAGCAUGGGAUCACACCGGUGGAGCUUUGCAUCCUCAAGACAACUGGGACCUGCGUGGAAACACCUCCCCUACAGCACCCAGAACCACUCUGCACCAUUGAGGUGCUCGAAGCCUGCACGGAGACCACCCCCACCAUCUGCAUAGAGGAUCCCAGCUGCCCCCAGCCUGCCAUCGCUUCCCAUCCUGAGCAGUGCCCACUUCCAUGCGUGGAUCCCUGCACGGCUCAAACCUCGGUGUGCCCAGAGCCCUGCAGCUCUGCAGCCACCCAGGGCCCUGGCAGUGCUUCCAGCCCACGGGCACCGUUCCGCCUCAACACCCGCACUGCUGCCAUCGUGGAGCGUUGCCUGGCCCGCUGUCAGAGCUGGCUACGUGGCACCAAGUGA